GAGAGCCCUGAGGGGACCUGACGAACGAGAGAGGGAAGCUGGGAGAAGUAUGGGGCGGGUUCAAAAGAGUUUAGGUAUUUUUAGGUAGAGGCGCGGGCAAGGGCUGCUCCUAACCAGGCAUCAGCUUUAAAGCUAACACGAAUUUAAAGGUCGACGUUCAGAUGACCAGAAACACCCCGGAGUCGGGGCUAGGGCUCUAUCUCUCAAGGCAUUGAGCUUAGGUCCCUUUGUAGACCAGUCCAGAAGCCCAGGGCAAGUUCUUGCAGCGCCCACGCUUGAGAGAAGGAACGGGGGUGCUGGCUGCUUGCGUGCCAAGGGGAUAACAGACCCAGAAAAAAAACGGGAAUUACAAGUAGCUUUUUUUUCUCAGCCCUCUUGGUGGUUCUUUAUUGAUUCCCAUGACCCUCUGGUGGGAUUUCAGGUGUAUGAAACCUUUUCAUGAUUCUUCAGUAAACUUCUUCAGUAAAGUGAGAUACUUCUAACCGUUUCUGUUGCUCAUUGAAGCAGGUGCGCCAAACCUAGGCUUAUUUCAUGUUAACAGUUGAAAAUUAUCCUGUCUCUAAAAUGUAGGGAGUAAUCUUCCUGUUUUUAAAAUUUUUCCCAAGUCUUUCAUUUUUCCUUUGUGCAUAAUGGGGAAGUUCUUUCAUUCUGGUGGCGUAGUGGUUAAGUGCUAUUGCUGCUAACCUAAAGGUCAGCAGUUCGAAUCCACCAGGCGCUCCCGGAAACUACGGGGCAAUUUUACUCUGUCCUGUAGUGUCACUGAGUCCCAAUUGACUCGAUGGCAAUGGAUUUGGUUUGUUUGGGGGUUUCUUUCAUCCCUAGUAGAGUUCAAGGCAUUUUGAUUAUUCAGGACAAAAGUGGGGGAACAAGCUCUUCUCAAACUGAGAAGAAAUUGGACUCCUGCCUGACCCUGCACUGUGGUAGGAUGAAUGUGGGGGUAGCGCACAGUGAAGUAAACCCAAACACCCGAGUGAUGAACAGUCGAGGCAUCUGGCUGGCCUACAUCAUCUUGGUAGGACUGCUGCAUGUGGUCCUACUAAGCAUCCCCUUCUUCAGCAUUCCUGUUGUCUGGACCCUGACCAACGUCAUCCACAACUUGGCUAUGUAUGUCUUCCUACAUACGGUGAAAGGGACACCCUUUGAAACCCCUGACCAAGGAAAAGCUCGGCUACUGACACACUGGGAGCAGAUGGACUAUGGGCUCCAGUUUACCUCUUCUCGCAAGUUCCUUAGCAUCUCUCCUAUUGUACUCUACCUCCUGGCCAGCUUCUAUACCAAGUAUGAUGCUGCUCAUUUCUUCAUCAACACAGUGUCACUGCUCAGCGUACUACUGCCUAAGUUGCCCCAGUUCCAUGGGGUUCGUCUCUUUGGCAUCAACAAGUACUGAGGGAUGAUGGGGCUUGAGACAGUGCCACAGGCAUGGGGAAGACAUUGGAACAAAGAGCUGUAACAUGUGUUCCUUCUUCUCUAUACUAUCUUCUAUAUCUUGAAAGCCUAAGAACUACACACCCUUUCUCACACUUCCAGGAAGAGAUUAGCAUACAAGCCUCUCUGGGCCCAGCCACGUUAGGAGCAGGUUUUUUUGAAUCAAGAAAGGCAGAUGAGGUAAGGGCCAAAUCCCCUCUCCUUCACAGCAGGAAGCCAUGUUUGGGCAGCUUGUUUGGUGAUUAAUUUUUUCUGUGUCUUUCAUCCCUGCCAUCUUCCAGCUAUGUCUUGCUGUGUAUCUUCCUUAUAAUAAAGAUACUUUUUUCAGAUGUGGCUACUGUUUCAUAAGCAGGAAGAACAGGGAGAUGUCCUCAUAAGGAAGGGGAAGAAAGGGAAUCUUUGACUCACUGUAUAAAACUUUCUCUAUUUUUUAUCCUCUUUCCCUUAGUCCAGUAGGGGGUGCCCUUCACUCUUAGCUAACAGUAUGGCAAGGAAGCUCAAAUGAGAAAAAGGGUUCCAGCUAUAUGGGCAAAAAAAAAAAGGGAAAAUACAGG